CUGAAAAUCGAAGGGACAACAUCGCCGCGCGUGUCCCCACGAAUCCCGAAGCGUUCAGAUUUCAGAUCAGAAAGUUGUCACAAUUUUCAGCUGUGUUUUUCCGUGUCUGAGUGACGUAAAUAGUGCGUUCCUACUGAUAGUGAUUGCGGGUUUGUUUCGGGGGUGGUCCCCAAUCGAUUGUCGUUGACGCGGUGCGUGUUGAUCUGUUCGAGUGGAAGCAACCGCGACGACCGUGAACCCACCACACCCCAUCGAGGCAGAUUAAUACUGGUACUCGCAGGGUGGCAGUCAGUGAGGGGGAGGGUUUAAUGUUCGAGCGUUCGUGGAAAAUGAUAACGCGAAAACUAGUGGGAAAAUCGCAAUCCAGUUUUCACCACCGCAGCAGCAGCAGCAUCGGGUGGGGGCGAUAGGAAACGGGAAGCCCCGGAGAGGCAAAAACCAACCAUAUAAUCGUAAUAAAAGGAUUAAGCUGUUCAUAAGAGGAGUGGUUUUUUUUUCCUCGGGAAAAUCUCGGUCGGAUCGUGUGGUGCAAUUGCACGGAAACCGCAAAGAAGUUCGAAACUAAUUAAGUGAAAAUAUCAUAAUUGCUGGUCGGCCACAUUCUGGAGAAGAACCCAGUGCCCGCUCGGUGAAGAGAUAUAUCCGUUUGUUUACGUCCCUAUUAGCAAUUGGAGAGGAAAUGAAAGUUCCAUUGCUGCCAUUACGGUUCCGUUGGUGCUGCUGGUGAUAUGUUCGAGCAUUGAUUUAGCUUGAGCGAAAAUAAUAGCAUUGUUUGUGCCAUGAGCGAGUGGGUGACGAUGUGUCCUCGGCAGUUGUAGAUAGGCUAGGCUCCAAUCCGGUGUGCCAUGGAGUGGUGUUAGAUGAAGAAGUGAUUACAGCGAAUUGCGGAAGGUUACUACGGCUGCUGCUGCUAUUCGUGUGUCUGUGACGUGAUAGAGAAAGGGAAGAGGAAAAAUCGAUUCGAGGAUAAUUGAAGCAGCACAUUAAAACUUUUCCUACUCAACCUUCGAAGAAACAUGCAUCAGCGGAGAGCGAUACUGUCGUUCAUCUUCACCCUGCAAUAUUUCCGCCUAAUCCGAACGCUGCAGCUGACGGAAAUCGUCGUGCCGGACGUGGUGGAUGUUCGCGAUACGCCCACACUGUCCUGCAGCUAUGACAUGGGCAAUCACAAACUCAACUCGGUCAAGUGGUACAAAGACGAACAGGAGUUCUUCAGGUACUCGCCGAUGAUGGAGCAGAACGUGAUGACAUUCCCGGUGGACGGCGCUACGGUGAUGAGCAGAUCGCCGGAGCACUUUUGCAACCGGUUCAUGUGCAGCAUCCAGCUGCAGAAGCUCAACAUCAAAUCGAGUGGGCUCUAUCGGUGCGAAAUCAGCGGAGAUUCGCCGGAGUUCAAGCUGGCCCACGGCAUCGGGAACAUGACGGUGGCCGUGCUGCCCCAGUACGAUCCCAUCAUCAACGGUUUGCAGCACAACUACGCCCUGGAGGAUUUCGUGGUGGCCAACUGUUCCUCGGACAUGUCCAGCCCACCGGCUCGGCUGUACUGGUUCAUCGACGAGCGGAUUGUUCCCUCGGAUUAUCUGCAACCGCAGCAGGAAACCACCAUCGAGAACGAUGGCUUCAUCCUGCGGUACCGUACGCUGGAGAUACGAUUUCACAUCGACGAAACCCGGCUGGGCAAGAUCAAGGGUAAGCUGACGCUCAGGUGUCUGGCACGGAUCGACGCCUUUCCGUCCUGGUCCCGGGAAACGACCCAGGUGGUCUACAUUCCGAUGACAGACGAGCUGCGGAACCAGAAGCUCAUCAACUGGCGCAGUGCGGCUCAAUCCCUGCACCAUCGGUCCCAUCAUCACUUGCAGCAGCAAACGUACGUAGCCCUUCUAACCCUAUCGUUUCUAGCGUUGAUUUCGCUAUCUCUGUAAAGCUGAAAAUGGAAAACGAUAGCCAUUAUAUAGAGAAUCAUGACGAUGGUUGGCUCGAGCGUGGAUUUUUCGUUCGGAAAACUACGUAAAAGCCAACCCAACACCACACCAAGAAUGAAGCGUGAUAGUGACCUCUUAUUCAAAAGAAAAGAAAAGAAAACCAAAACAAGAUUAAGAAAUGCCACACAACACACACACACUCAUACACAAAUCGAAAAUCUAGUUGUUAAUUUUUUAGAAGCAAUUUCUGUUGAUCCCUCUUUAUGUAUAGUGCACUAUCGUUACUCACACCGCUGCCGUUUUUCUCUGCGCUGUCAUCAUACCGAAUCACACACACACACACACACACACACACACACUUGUACAUUGACAGUCAGCGAGUUGAAGAACAAAAAACUGGGUGGAAAUGCUCUAAAAUGAGACCUGUAAAUAGCUAAACAAGAAGAUCAGAAACCUAAACACAGAAAAAGCAGAUUGGCCAGGCAAAAUUGGUCAAACCAGCUCAGAAUGUUAUACUACUAUAAAUUCAGAAGCCCCUCGUUUCCCCUUUAUCUCGUGUUGUUCCUCUUUUUUUUUAUUUGCCCCUCUCCAGCGUGUAAGAUUAAGAUAAACUAAUCCUAUUUAGUGUUAAGAGGAAGAAGAAGAAGAUAUAGAAGGAGCAGAGGGCGCUGUCUCCCCAACACAGAGGCAGACAGAAGCGAAACAAUCGCCAAAAGGUCGUAAGAUUCGGUGAGAUAUGAGAGAAAUAGCGGGGGAAAGUUAGAUAGUUUUUAUAAAUAUUUUUGUAACGUUUAGUUAACAGCAUAUUUAUACAGAGAGAAUGAGAAAAAACUGAAAUACGAUACCGUCAGCAACAGACACGACACAACACGUCACCCGCCCGCUGCCCAAGGGGUGGUGACGGGGGAUGAGCAAAAAAAACGCUGAGCUGAGCUGAGCUGAGCUGACCUGAGAGAGAAUGGAAAUGGGCAGAACCCAUUUCGUUCCCCGUUGUAUAGUCCUAGAUGGGAUACAGCGUGAAAGUUAAACAAUUGCAAAUCAAAGUCAACCUCACUGUCGGCUGGCAAGAGCGACGGGAGGGAAUGAAUUGGGGUUGGGAGGCGUUAGAAUGGUUCGAAAAUAAAUAAGGCCGAUCUGGGAGUUGAACUCGUGAUCUUCGGGGCCGGAGCCGAUGAUGAUACCACUGAGUUAAAAACAGGAACGCGUUGAAAUAAUGUGAUUUUGAUUAUGAUUUUAUCUUAGUUCUUUAGAAUGUUAAAAUUUAUAUUGAAAAUGGGAAAAAUUGAACAAACUUUUCGGAACCAUUCUAAGCCUUUACUCCCGAGGAAAAAACCCAAACAAAUGGAAUACAAACUUACACAAACCGAACCGGGUGGAAGAAAAAACUGACAUUUUUUCCCAUCAUCACCAACGACGUCGUCGCCGACAUCUCCGGCCGUCGUAAUCUGUUUUCCCGUUCCACCUUCCUAGGAGACUGGGGGAUCGUUUUCAUCCAUAUUUCAUUUCCACCACUACUGCCGCACAGUGGAUCAAAUGGUGACAAGUUUGGGCGUUCUUUUAUUUAGAAAAUAAUGCUUGAACUUCAAUAUUCUGGUCCUAACAGUUUGGUUCAUCAGCUUAACCUCAAAAAUUUGCAUUGAAACAAGACCAUUUGACCCACUGUGCGUCCAUCGUGCAUAACACUACUAUAUAUAACAAGAGCAGAGCCAGCGUCUGGUGGGGGAGCUGGAAUACACCCCUUUUCUUCCAACAAGAAGCAGCAAGGGGAAGAGGGUAUCUUCCGCAAUCCGAUUUCUUGUGCGACGACGGUGGCAACGGACUGCUCCAAUAAGAGGCAGUCAGUAGGUAUUUCCGCAUAAACAGCUUUCGCGUUCCGUCAGGUUCUCGGUUUUUAUUCCAACCGCGACCGCCUGCUAGAUAUGGGCUGUCAUCAUCGCUGUCGCCAUAGCUGUCAGAGGCUCACAGGGAGGUGAAGGAUAGGUUUUGACCGUUUGUUUGCUUUCCUGGCUGGUUGAUGAUGGUGAUGAAGGUGUUGAGAUCGAAGAAAGUAGGGAAAUGUCUGUGAAGUUGUGCACUGUGGCUGUAAUGAAAGAAGCAUUUUGCUGAUCUGUAAUUUUUUUUGACUAA